AAUGUUAGAAGUUGCGAUCACUUAUUUACAGAAAAGCGUUAGCGAGGAGUUAUCGUUAUUAUCGAAAAAUUUACAAUACUGACAUGUCAGAAUCCCAUUUUUCUCAAAUAUUGCAUGUAUUUGAUAAAUUUCUUGAAUUAUUGGAAAACUCGCAUAUAAGUACACAAGUCACAAAAGAGACUGUAAAUAAAACUUUCGAAUGCGCUAAGUUUAUUGAGGCUACAGUAAUAAAAGCAUAUAGUGAAAAGAUGGAAGACAUAUUGGAAAAUUAUCUUCAACAGCAUUGUCUUAAAGAAAAGAAAACUAAAAUGUAUAAAUGCAGUGACUUGAAGUUUGCUUGUGAUAAAUUAUUAGAAAUAUAUAUGAAAGAUACUUCCAUCUCUACUGCAAUUGUUGAUGACUUUCUGAAACUGUAUAUUCAAUCUUUUGGGAUAGAUAGAUUGAACAACUUUUUGCUGCGUACAUUGAGAAAUUCUACAUGUACAAAUAUGAUAUUAGAAUCUUUGGAAGAUAUAGGCUUAUCCAUAUCUAAAAUGGAAGAUGAAGCUUUGAUUAUGUCAUGGGAAUUUGAUCUUGAAAAUGGUCAGCAGAUAGAAGUAUCACAAAAAAUAACAAAAAUAUUAGAAGAUGGUAAUUUUUCCAGACUUAUUAGCCUUGUUAUGAAUUUACAUAACAAGAGCAAAUUGAAGAUGUUAUUUAUGAAGUGUUUGUCAUGUAAAGUCAUUGAAAAUGAUGUAUUAUUUUGUUUGACUUUAAUAAAUAUCAAAGAGAAAUUUUUUCUACAGCUCCUGAAGGAUAGUCCUGAAUUUUGUAUCAAUUUUGUAGAUGCAAUAUUUUAUUUUGGACGAAAUAUGUCAAAAAUAAAUAAUGAAUGGAUAUUAGAUUCAACAUUCAAUUAUAAUCAUUUACUUAAAAUUAUGCACAGGUUAUUAAAUGGUCCUAAUGUAGUUCACGAUAUAGUACAUAAUAGACUACAGUUGGCUAAGAUGCAACCAGAUUGUACAAUAUGGCAUAGCAUUGAGAAAGAUAUCUCACAAUAGUGAUUUCUGUAUAAUAUGUACAAUAGUAAACAUUUAUUUGCAACAAAUUUCAUCUUUGGAUUUUAUAAUAUAUUCUCGUAUAUUUAUAUUUGUUUAUGCAUGUACAUUAUUAAUAAAAUGUACACAAAAAAAGUAUGUGUUUAAUUUUUACAUUGCAAGUAUUCUGUCUAAAAAACAUAUUACAAUUAUUUCGUAUUAUAGAGCUUUCUGUAUUUACAC